GGGUGGACUUCAAGAUGAAGACCAUAGAAGUGGAUGGUAUCAAGGUGCGAAUACAGAUCUGGGACACGGCGGGCCAGGAGCGGUACCAGACCAUAACGAAGCAGUACUACCGACGAGCCCAGGGGAUAUUCUUGGUCUACGACAUCAGCAGCGAGCGCUCCUACCAGCACAUAAUGAAAUGGGCCAGCGACGUGGAUGAGUAUGCGCCGGAUGGGGUCCAGAAGAUCCUCAUCGGGAACAAAGCGGACGAGGAGCAGAAGAGACAAGUGGGCAGGGAACAAGGCCUGCAGCUGGCUAAGGAGUACGGCAUGGACUUCUACGAAACAAGUGCCUGCACCAACGUCAACAUUAAGGAGUCCUUCACCCGGCUGACGGAGCUCGUGCUGCAGGCUCACAGGAAGGAGCUGGACGGGCUGCGCGCCUACGCGGCCGGUGAACUGAACUUGGCCGAGCUGGAGGAGGAGGAGGGCAAACCCGAGGGGGCGGAGAACUCUCCCAAAGCCUGCUGGUGCUGAAGGGCGUCUCUGCUGCCCGGGCCCCCCUGCCCCACCACCGGCAGGGGCAUCCCCAGCUCUGGCUGGCCUGCUCUGCUCUGGCCUCUGCCCGCUCCCUGCGCUGCUGGAGUCCUCCGGCUCCCCAGUGUGUCUCCUCCGCUGUCCCCUGGGUCUGCCGUGCUCUGUCGAGUCCUCCCGCCGUGCUGUGUGCGCCAGACGUCCCGGGGUCACCCUGCUGGAUUCGUGGCCCCCCACUGGAGCUGGAUCAGCCUCACGUGACCCUCCUCAGAGGCCCGCGCCGGCGCCGGGUGGAUUUUGCCUCUGGCCAGGCUCUCCAGGGAGUGCUUCCUUGUGCUCGCAUGGGCUUUGCUGGAACAGGCCUGGCCCCACAGUAACCUGGGGAGGGAGGCUGGGAACCGCCCCUCCUGCCGGUGCCCUUCUCCAGGCGGGGCGUCCCCGGCUGGG